CAUCAAUCUGCCGGAGAGCGGAGCCCUCAGCUUCCUCAAUACUGAUGGUGAAUAGCAGCUGCUGCGGUAACGGGAGGAGGAGCAGUAGCCGCAGAAGGAGACCCGACAGCGGUAGCACAGCGGUAGUUUGGGAUUCAGCUUUCUAUCUUUUCACACCGACUUGUAACAUCGGAGAUCCCUAAAACAGAGAGCGGGGAAAGGGACAAAAAUAAAGAAAGAUGGCGGCCGCGGCCUCGCCGGGCUCCUGCUCGUCCACCUCCUCAGACUGGAUUGUACUGAGAGACGGUUGUCUACGUUGCGACGAGGAGGGCCUGCGCAGCCUUUCCUAUCACCCGGCCCUCAACGCUAUCCUGGCCGUGACGAGCCGGGGCAGCAUCAAAGUCAUCGACGGCACUUCGGGGGCCAUACUCCAGGCCUCGGCUUUGCACGCGAAACCUGGAGGUCGCGUGAGGUGUCAGUACUUCCCGGCCGUGGACAAGGUCCUGUUCGUGGACGACUACGCGGUGGGCUGCAGGAAGGACCUGAACGGCAUCCUGCUCCUGGACACGGCGCUGCAGGCACCGGUCUCUAAGCCGGAGGACGUGGUCCAGCUGGAGUUACCCGUAACGGAGGCCCAGCAGAUGCUCUCAGCCUGCUUGGAGAAGGUGGACGUGUCCAACACGGAGGGAUACGACGUGUUCAUCACGCAGCUGAAGGACGGGUUGAAAAAUACCUCACACGAGACGGCAGCAAAUCACAAAGUGGCCAAGUGGGCAACGGUAACGUUCCAUCUUCCACACCACGUGCUAAAGCUGGUUGCCAGUGCCAUCGUGAACGAGCUGAAGAAGAUUAACCAGAAUGUUGCUGCCUUGUCUGUGGCCUCGUCCAUCAUGGACAGGCUCUCCUACCUCUUACCAAGCGCUCGGCCUGAGCUGGGCGUGGGCCCCGGACGCUCUGUAGAUAGAUCAUUAAUGUACAGUGAGGCAAACAGGAGAGAAACGUUUACAUCGUGGCCCCACGCGGGCUACCGGUGGGCCCAGCCCGACCCCAUGGCGCAAGCAGGAUUUUAUCACCAGCCUGCCUCCACGGGGGACGACCGGGCCAUGUGCUUCACCUGCAGCGUCUGCCUGGUCUGCUGGGAGCCCACAGACGAACCCUGGUCGGAGCACGAGCGACAUUCCCCCAACUGUCCGUUUGUGAAGGGCGAGCACACGCAGAACGUCCCGCUGUCCGUCACCCUGGCCACCAGCCCCGCCCAGUUCCCCAGCGCCGACGGCUCGGACAAGAUCGCCUGCUACGGUUUCGGCAGCUGCCCGCACUUCCUGGCGGCCGCCACCAAGCGGGGGAAGAUCUGCAUAUGGGACGUGUCCAAGCUCAUGAAGGUCCAUUUGAAAUUUGAAAUCAACCCGUACGACCCGGCGAUCCUGCGGCAGCUGAUUUUGUCGGGGAGUGAGCAGGGCCCGGGGACGGAGUCCAGGCGGCCGACGUUAGCCUGGUUAGAGGACUCUUCCAGCUGCUCGGAUAUACCAAAACUGGAGGGAGACAGCGAUGACCAGCUGGAAGACUCGGACAGCGAAGAGCAUUCCAGAUCAGAGUCUGUGACAGGGCACCCGUCCCAGAAGGAGAGCAUGGAGGUGAACCUGGGCGUGACGGCGCUCAGCAUCCUGCAGCAGCCCGAGAAGCUGCAGUGGGAGGUGGUGGCGAGCGUGCUGGAGGACACGGUCAAGGACCUGGAGGAGCUGGGCGCCAACCCCUCGCUGGCCCAGGCCAAGGCCGACAAGGCCAAGGAGAAGCCGGCCGAGCACCACAACAUUCCCUUCCCGUGCCUGCUGGCCGGGGGGCUGCUCAGCUACCGCUCGGCCGCCACCUCGCCCCUCGGCGCCCCGCCGCGCCGCCCGCUGGACUGCCUGGGCAGGACUCAGGGCCCCGAGCCCUCCGCCGAGCAGGCGCCCAUGGAGAUUGAGGCCUGCAGCCCGGCGGAGCUGGGCCCGACCCCGGCGGCGCGCAGGACUAUGCCCGUGCUCCUGCUCUACAGCAUCAAGGAGUCGGACGAGAAGUCGGGCAAGGUGUUCGCCCAGAUGAACAACCUGAUGAGCAAGAGCCUGCAGGAGGACGGCUUCACCGUGCCGCAGAUCAUCGAGAUGGAGUUCGACACGCACGAGCAGCUCCUGCUGCAGGACCCGCCCAUCACCUACAUCCAGCAGUUCGCGGACGCCGCCGCCAACCUGGCCGCCCUGGACGGCGACAAGUGGAGCUCGCUGGCGCCCAAGCCCGGCGCGCUGGUGCAGUGCCUGCGGCUGCCCAAGCCGCUGGAGGAGGAGAACCUGUACGUGGACUCGGUCACGCCGUGCACUGACGGCGUCCACCUGCUGGUGGGCCUCCAGUCCUGCUCGGUGGAGUCGCUGAGCGCCAUCAACCAGGUGGAGGCGCUCAACAACCUCAACAAGCUGCACUCGGCGCUCUGCAGCCGGCGCAAGGGCGAGCUGCAGCCGCUGCCGGGCCUGGCCAACGGGGCGGGGCUGCGCGCCAAGCCCCACGAGGGGCACGCCGGCGCCGCCGCCCCCACGCCCCUCAUCCUGCCGCCCGAGCAGCAGCAGCAGCAGCGGGCGCCGGGCGGCGGCUACCUCGUACUGUACAAGCUCAACUACUCCACCCGCAUCGUCACGCUGGAGGAGGAGCCCGUCAAGGUGCAGCACAUCCGCGACCCCAAGGACGCCAUUACCUCACUCAUCCUGCUGCCGCCCGACGUGCUGGACGGCCGCGAGGACGACGGCGACGAGGCGCUGGAGGAGACGCCGCCGGGCCUGAAGAACGGCAGCUCGACCGGCGGCGGCGGCGGCGGCCCCCCUGCCGGCUUGGGCGGGGGCGGCGGCGGCGGUGCCAGGGAGAAGCGGGCGGACGGCGCCGGCCUGGGCCACCUGGUGGUCACCACUCAGGGAGGGUACAUCAUGAUCCUGGAGCUGUCCAGCCUGGAGGUCCUGGCCAAGGUCGAGCCGCCCAAGAAGGAGGGGUCCGAGGAGCCCGACCCCUUCGUCUCGGUCACCUACUGCUCCGGGACCGACCGGCUCUGCGCUUGCACUAAAGGUGGAGAACUUCAUUUCCUUCAAAUUGGAGGUGUGUGUGACGAUAUUGACGACGGUGACAUAUUUGUCGAUGGCCCCCUUUCUAAAGGGGCAGAGCAGCUGUCGGAAGGGACGAAACCGUCCUCCAACCCCUCUAGUCCGGGAAUCACAGGAGUUGACCUCCUGGUGGACCAAGCGCUGGGCGUGGAGAGCCUGACGUCGCUGGUGGAGCUGACGCGCUUCGAGACGCUGACGCCGCGCUUCUCGGCCACGGUGCCGCCGUGCUGGGUGGAGGUGCAGCAGGAGCAGCAGCAGCGGCGGCACCCGCAGCACCUGCACCAGCAGCACCACGGCGACGCCGCCCAGCACACGCGCACCUGGAAACUGCAGAGCGACAGUUCCAGCUGGGACGAGCAUGUGUUCGAACUGGUCUUGCCCAAAGCCUGCAUGGUGGGCCAUGUGGACUUCAAAUUCGUCAUGAACGCCAACAUUGCCAACAUUCCUCAGAUCCAGGUCACCCUGCUGAAGAACAAGGCCCCGGGCCUGGGCAAGGUCAACGAGACGGCGGUGGACAGGCAGAUCUGCUUCCCCCUGUCCCACGUCCUGCAUGCCAAUGGGGAGAGGAACGGCCAGCCUCUGCUGCACGACUUCACAGAGGACAUCCAGUUCAUGGACGUGGAAGAGAUGCCAGGGUCAAGACUUUGCUCCUUUUUGGAAGAACAUAAGGAGGACAUCCUGUGUGGGCCUGUGUGGUUAGCCAGUGGGCUGGACCUCUCUGGCCAUGCUGGGAUGUUGAGUCUAACAAGCCCAAAGCUAGUCAAAGGUAUGGCGGGCGGAAAGUACCGCUCCUUCCUGGUGCACAUCAAGGCGGUGAGCGACAAGGGCGCGGAGGAGAGCCCCCGGCCGGUGGUGAGGAUGCCCACCGCCAAGCCGCAGAGCAGCAAGGCGCACUCCCUGUCCUCCCUGCUGCAGAGGGCGCAGACCACCAAGGAGAAGGCCUCCACUUCCAAGGCGGAGCCUCCCCCCGCCUCGAAAAAGCCGGACAACCUCCGUGGCUGUGAUCUCCUCCAGGAGGUGUCAGUGACAAUCCGGAGGUUCAAGAAAACCUCCAUACCCAAAGAAAGAGUCCAGCGCUGUGCCAUGCUGCAGUUCCCAGAGUUCCACGAGAAGCUGCUGAACAGCCUGUGCAAGAGGACGGAGGAGCGCCCGGUGACCGAGCACUCCCAGAGCCUGGUCCUGGACAUCCUGUGCUGGCUGGCCGGGGUCUAUUCCAAUGGACCCUGCAGCCUGAGGGAGGGCAAGGAGGGGCUGCUGACGAAGACGCGCAAGCGGCUGACGGACAUCGUGCGGGUGUGCUUCUUCGAGGCCGGCCGCAGCAUAGCCCACAAGUGCGCCCGCUUCCUCGCGCUCUGCAUCAGCAACGGGAAGGGGGACCCCAGUCAGCAGGGGUUUGGCUCGGCGCUGCUGAAGGCUCUGCUGGACAACAUGCCUUACCUGCCCGCGGCAGCGACGGGGGGCUCGGUGUUCUGGUACUUCGUGCUGCUGAACUACGUGAAGGACGAGGACCUGGCGGGCUGCAGCACGGCCUGCGCCGCCCUGCUCACCGCCGUGUCCCGGCAGCUGCAGGACCGGCUCACGCCCCUCGAGGCUCUGCUGCAGACCAGAUAUGGCCUGUACAGCUCUCCCUUUGACCCAGUCUUAUUUGACCUGGAGGUCAGUGGCUCCUCCUGCAAGAACGCCUUCAACAGCAGCAUCGGCGUCCAGUCCGACGAGAUCGACCUCUCCGACAUUCUCUCAGGGAAUGGUAAGGUAAGCAGCUGUGCGGCAGCGGAGGGGAGCUUCACCGCCCUCACGGGGCUCCUGGAGGUGGAGCCGCUGCACUUUACUUGCGUCUCCACUAGUGACGGUACUAGGGUGGAGAGGGAUGAUGCAAGUAUGUUCACCGUGAGCACGUUCGGGGUGACCCCGACGGUGGGCGGGCUGUCGGCCGGCACGGUGGGGGAGGCGUCGACGGCGCUGAGCUCGGCGGCGCAGGUGGCGCUGCAGUCCCUGUCCCACGCCAUGGUGUCUGCGGAGCAGCAGCUGCAGGUGCUGCAGGAGAAACAGCAGCAGCUGCUCAAGCUUCAGCAGCAGAAGGCCAAACUGGAGGCCAAGCUGCACCAGACCACCUCGGCAGCAGCAGCCGCGGCGUCAGCGGUGGGGCCCAUCCACAACUCGGUGCCUUCCAACCCCUCCACCGCCCCCGGCUUCUUCAUCCACCCUUCCGACGUCAUCCCCCCCACGCCCAAGACCACGCCCCUCUUCAUGACGCCGCCCCUGACCCCGCCCAACGAGGCCGUGUCGGCUGCCAUCAGCGUGGAGCUGGCCCAGCUCUUCCCCGGCUCCAUCAUCGACCCGCCCCCCGUCAACCUGGCCGCGCACAACAAGAACACCCACAAGGCCAAGCCGAACCCGAUGGGGAGCGGACUGGCGCUGGCCAUCUCCCAGGCCUCUCACUUCCUCCAGCCCCCUCCACACCAGUCCAUCAUCAUCGAGCGCAUGCACUCCGGAGCCCGGCGAUUCGUCACGCUGGACUUUGGCCGGCCCGUCCUGCUGACGGACGUGCUGAUCCCCACCUGCGGCGACCUGGCGUCCCUCUCCAUCGACAUCUGGACGCUGGGCGAGGAGGUGGACGGGCGGCGGCUGGUGGUGGCCACCGACAUCAGCACGCACUCGCUCAUCCUGCACGACCUCCUGCCGCCCCCCGUCUGCAGGUUCAUGAAGAUCACUGUGAUUGGGCGCUACGGCAGCACCAACGCCCGGGCCAAGAUCCCGCUGGGCUUCUACUACGGCCACACCUACAUCCUGCCGUGGGAGAGCGAGCUGAAGCUGAUGCACGACCCCCUGCGGGGCGAGAGCGAUGCUGCCAGCCAGCCCGACGUGGACCAGCACCUCGCCAUGAUGGUGGCGCUGCAGGAGGACAUCCAGUGCAGGUAUAACCUGGCGUGCCACCGGCUGGAGACCCUGCUGCAGAACAUCGACCUGCCGCCGCUCAACAGUGCCAACAACGCACAGUACUUCCUGCGCAAGCCGGACAAGGCGGUGGAGGAGGACACGCGGGUCUUCUCGGCCUACCAGGACUGCAUCCAGCUGCAGCUGCAGCUCAACCUGGCGCACCACGCCGUGCAGCGGCUGCGCGUCUCCCUGGGCGCCAGCCGCAAGCUGCUGCCCGAGGCCUACGACCCCAAAGAGCUCAUCCAGAACUCCUCCACCGAGCAGCUGCGCACCAUCAUCCGCUACCUGCUGGACACGCUGCUCAGCCUGCUGCACUCCUCCAACGGCCACUCGGUCCCCUCGGUCCUGCAGAGCACCUUCCACGCGCAGGCCUGUGAGGAGCUCUUCAAGCACCUGUGCAUCAGCGGCACGCCCAAGAUCCGUCUGCACGCGGGCCUGCUGCUGGUGCAGCUGUGCGGGGCCGAGCGCUGGUGGGGCCAGUUCCUCUCCAACGUCCUGCAGGAGCUCUACAACUCCGAGCAGCUUCUCAUCUUCCCCCAGGACAGGGUCUUCAUGCUCCUGUCCUGCAUCGGCCAAAGAUCCCUGAGCAACAGCGGCGUGCUGGAGGGCCUGCUCAACCUCCUGGACAGCCUGCUGUCCCCCCUCCAGCAGCCGGCGGCGGCCCAGCGCCGGACCGAAGGUGUGCUGGACAUCCCCAUGAUCAGCUGGGUGGUGAUGCUGGUGUCCCGGCUGCUGGACUACGUGGCCAGCGUGGAGGACGAGGCGGCCGCCGCCAAGAAGCACCUGGGCGGGAAGGAGCGUGAGCGCGUCUUCACAGGGAAUCAGUGGAGCUUUAUAAAUAACAGCCUUCAAUCUCAGAGCCUAAACAGAUCAACCAAAGGCAACAGCAGCUUAGAUCGCUUGUAUUCAAGGAAGAUCCGCAAACAGCUGGUCCAUCAUAAACAGCAGUUAAAUUUAUUGAAAGCAAAGCAGAAAGCUCUGGUGGAGCAAAUCGAGAAGGAGAAAAUCCAGAGCAACAAAGGCUCCUCUUACAAGCUGCUGGUGGAGCAGGCCAAGCUCAAGCAGGCCACGUCAAAGCACUUUAAGGACCUGAUCCGUCUGCGGCGGACAGCGGAGUGGCCGCGCUCCACGCUGGACACGGAGGCCACGGCGGCCAAGGAGGCGCCCGAGGUGGAGCCGCUGCCCUUCACGCUGGCCCACGAGCGCUGCAUCUCGGUGGUGCAGAAGCUGGCCCUCUUCCUGCUCUCCAUGGACUUCACCUGCCACGCCGACCUGCUGCUCUUCGUCUGCAAGGUUCUGGCCAGGAUCGCCAACGCCACCAGACCCACAAUCCACCUGUGCGAGGUGGUGAGCGAGCUGCAGCUGGAGAGGCUGCUGCUGCUGCUGGUGGGGACCGACUUCAACAGGGGGGACAUCUCCUGGGGCGGGGCCUGGGCCCAGUACUCCCUCACCUGCAUGGUGCAGGACAUCCUGGCAGGCGAACUGCUGUCCCCCGUGUCGCUGGAGGGGAUGGAGGAGGGUGCUGUGGGGGAGGAGGCGGGGGCGUCGGCUGUGGACUCGGACGACUCCCUCCCGCAGCCCGCCCCCAUCCCCCUGGUGGAGACCAUGGACGAGGCGCUGGCCCCUGAUAUCAUCUCAGGUGCACCACCUCUAUCAUCUUUGGAAAAAGAUAAAGACAUAGACUUUGACUUGCUACAAGACCUCAUGGAUGUUGAUAUUGAUCCUUUAGAUAUUGAUUUGGAAAAAGAUCCCCUCGCCGCCAAAGUCUUUAAGCCUAUAAGCAGCACCUGGUACGACUACUGGGGCGCUGACUACGGCACCUAUAGUUACAAUCCCUACAUUGGGGGUGUGGGCAUCCCCGUGUCGAAGCCGCCGGCCACCACUGAGAAGCCUGGAUCCCAAAGUCUGUCCGUCUCCGUGUCACAAGCGCUGGACGCCCGUCUGGAGGUGGGACUGGAGCAGCAGGCGGAGCUCAUGCUCAAGAUGAUGGCCACGCUGGAGGCCGACUCCAUCCUGCAGGCGCUGACCUCCACCUCACCCACAGUGUCUCAGUCUGCCAACGGGACGGACGACUCUCUGCUGCGGGGGCUCCACGGCUCCCCCCAGGGCAGCAGUUUGAUGGUGCAGUCCUCCUCCAUCCCCAUGCUGAGUGCCUGCUUCAACAAGCUGUUCUCCAUGCUGCAAGUGCACCACGUACAGCUGGAGUCUCUGCUGCAGCUGUGGCUGACUCUGAGCCUCAACUCCUGCUCUGCGGGCGGCGAGGAGAGCGGCUCCGACGUCUUCUUAUUCAACGCCAGCCGAGUGCCCACCAUCCCGCUCAACCAAGCCUCCAUCAGCAGCUUCCUGACGGUGCUGGCCUGGUACCCCAACACCUCGCUGCGGACCUGGUGCCUGGUGCUGCACAGCCUCACCCUCAUGACCAACAUGCAGCUCAGCCCCGCCUCUAGCAAUGCAAUGGGGGCCCACGAGAGCACGGCCCAGCAGAUGGUUUCGGACCCCGCGCUCGUCCACGUCCUCGUGCGCUUCCUGUCCGGGAGCAACCCGCACGGCACCAGCCAGCACAGCUCUCAGGUUGGGCCCACCGCAACACAAGCUAUGCAAGAGUUUCUGACCAGACUCCAAGUGCACCUUUCCUCAACCUGCCCGCAGAUGUUCAGCGAAUUCCUGCUCAAACUCAUGCACAUACUGUCUACUGAAAGGGGGCCCUUCCAGUCGGGGCAGGGCCCUCUGGACGCGCAGGUGAAGCUGCUGGAGUUCACGCUGGAGCAGAACUUCGAGGUGGUGUCGGUGAGCACCAUCCUGGCCGUCAUCGAGUCCGUCACCUUCCUGGUGCACCACUACAUCACCUGCUCGGACAAGGUGGUGUCGCGCAGCGGCUCGGACAGCUCGGUGGGCGCCCGCGCCUGCUUCGGCGGCCUCUUCGCCAACAUCAUCCGGCCCGGCGACGCCAAGGCCGUCUUCGGCGAGAUGACGCGCGACCAGCUGAUGUUCGACCUGCUGAAGCUGGUCAACGCGCUGGUGCAGCUGCCGCUCUCGGGAGACCGGGAGUUCAGCGGCCGCCUGCCGGCCGCCGGCAGCAGCGCCUCCGACAGCGUCUCGGACGAGGAGAAGGUCUGCGGCAGCAAGGAGGGCUCCAACGGCGGCUCCGCCCCCCACCAGGGCCCCGCCGCGGGCGUGGCCGACCUGGUGCUGGCCAAUCAGCAGAUCAUGAGCCAGAUCCUGUCGGCACUGGGCCAGUGCAACAGCAGUGCCAUGGCCAUGAUCAUAGGAGCCAGCGGCCUCCACCUCACCAAGCAUGAGAAUUUCCACGGCGGGCUGGACGCCAUUUCGGUGGGCGACGGCCUGUUCACCAUCCUGACCACGCUGAGCAAGAAGGCCACGUCCGUGCAGGUCAUGCUGCAGCCCAUCCUCACCUACAUGGCCUGCGGCUACAUGGGCCGGCAGGGCUCCUUGUCCACCUGUCAGCUGUCGGAGCCUCUGCUGUGGUUCAUCCUCAGAGUUCUGGACACCAGCGAGGCCCUGAAGGCCUUCCACGACAUGGGCGGGGUGCAGCUGAUCUGCAACAACAUGGUGACGAGCACACGGGCCAUCGUGAACACGGCGCGCAGCAUGGUGUCCACCAUCAUGAAGUUCCUGGACUCCAGCCCCGGGAAGGCGGCCGACGGCAGCCUGAAGGCCCGGGUGCUGGCCUCCGAGCCCGACAACGCAGAGGGGCUGCAUAACUUCGCCCCGCUCGGCACCAUCACCUCCAGCAGCCCCACGGCGCAGCCGGCGGAGGUGCUGCUGCAGGCCACGCCCCCUCACCGGCGGGCGCGCUCCGCCGCCUGGUCCUACAUCUUCCUGCCCGAGGAGGCCUGGUGUGACCUCACCAUCCACCUGCCGGCGGCCGUGCUGCUGAAGGAGCUCCACAUCCAGCCCCACCUGGCCUCGCUCGCCACGUGUCCCUCCUCGGUGUCGGUGGAGAUCAGCGCGGACGGGGUGAACAUGCUGCCCCUCUCCACGCCCGUCAUCACCAGCGGCCUCACCUACAUUAAGAUCCAGCUGGUGAAGGCGGAGGUGGCGUCGGCCGUGUGCCUGCGGCUGCACCGGCCGCGUGACGCCAGCACCCUGGGCCUGUCCCAGAUCAAGCUGCUAGGCCUCACCGCCUUCGGCAACACCUCCUCCGCCACCGUCAACAACCCCUUCCUGCCCUCCGAGGACCAGGUCUCCAAAACCAGUAUCGGCUGGCUGCGGCUGCUGCACCACUGCCUGACCCACGUGAGCGACCUGGAGGCCAUGAUGGCCAGCGCCGCCGCCCCCACCGCCAACCUGCUGCAGACCUGCGCGGCUCUGCUCAUGUCGCCCUACUGCGGCAUGCACUCGCCCAACAUCGAGGCCGUGCUGGUGAAGAUCGGCCUGCAGUCCACCCGCAUCGGCCUCAAGCUCAUCGACAUCCUGCUGAGGAACUGCGCCGCCUCCGGCACCGACCCCGCCAAUUUGAACAGCCCUCUGCUCUUCGGGAGGUUAAACGGCCUCUCCUCCGACUCCACAAUCGAUAUCCUCUAUCAGCUGGGGACGACCCAGGACCCUGGAACAAAAGACAGGAUCCAGGCGCUGCUGCAGUGGGUGCACGACUCGUCACGCGUGGCGGCGCUGAAGCGCAGCGGCCACGUGGGCUACGUGAGCCCCAGCAGCUCGCCGCGGGAGUACGGCCUGCUCAUGCCCUCGCCCUCGCACCUGCACUGCGUGGCCGCCAUCCUGUGGCACAGCUACGAGCUGCCCGUCGACUACGACCUGCCCGUGCUGCUCGACCGCGAGCUCUUCGAGCUGCUGUACGGCUGGUCCAUGUCUCUGCCCUGCAACAUGGUGCUGAAGAAGGCGGUGGACAGCCUGCUGUGCUCCAUGUGCCACAUCCACCCCAGCUACUUCUCCCUGCUGAUGGGCUGGAUGGGCAUCGUCGCGCCGCCCGCCGCCCGCUCCCAGGCCCAGCACCGGCUCUCCAUGACGGACGACGGCAAGAAGCAGCACGACCUGAGCGCGGCGGGCCUGACGGACGACUCCAAGCACGCGCAGGCGCCCGUCGCGCUGUCCGAGUCGCAGCUGGCCACGCUGGCGGCCGCCUCGCAGUCGCCCGAGGCCAUCAAGCAGCUGCUGGACUCGGGGCUGCCCUCGCUGCUGGUGCGCAGCCUGGCCAGCUUCUGCUGCGGCCUGCUGUCCAGCGCCGAGCUCCCGGUGCCUGCCGAGGCCCCGGCCCCGGCCGCCGCCACUGCCGCCACGUGCGACCGCCAGCGCCGCCACCCGGCACACCCCCCGCAGCCCCCCGCGGCCAGCAGGGUGCCGCUGACGGCCGAGCUGGUGGCGCCCGUGCUCCGCUUCCUCACCGAGGUGGGCAACAGCCACGCCAUGAAGGACUGGCUGGGCGGGCCCGAGGUCAACCCGCUGUGGACCGCCCUGCUCUUCCUGCUGUGCCACUCCAGCGCCAGCGCCAGCGGGGGCCACGCCCACGCCGCGCCGCCCGCCGCCGCCACCGCCGCGCCCGCCCCGGCGCAGCCCUCGGGCUCCCGCUACUCGCUGGCCUCCUCCGCCAGGGGCGGCGGGCUCACCACGCAGCAGCGGACGGCCAUCGAGAACGCCACCGUGGCCUUCUUCCUGCAGUGCAUCUCCUGCCACCCCAACAACCAGCGGCUCAUGGCUCAGGUGCUGUGCGAGCUCUUCCAGUCGGCCCCCCAGCGGGGGAACGUGCCGAUCUCCGGAAACAUCUCCGGCUUCAUCCGAAGGCUCUUCCUGCAGCUCAUGCUGGAGGAUGAGAAGGUCACAGUCUUCCUGCAGUCCCCCUGCCCGUUGUACAAGGGGCGCAUCAAUGCCACCAGUCACGUGAUCCAGCACCCCAUGUACGGAGCAGGGCACAAAUUCCGCACCCUGCACCUCCCCAUCUCCACCACCCUCGCUGAAGUCCUGGACCGGGUCUCUGACACCCCGAGCAUCACAGCCAAGCUGAUCAACGAGCAGAAGGAGGACAAGGAGAAGAAGAACCACGAGGAGAAGGAGAAGAUGAAGGCGGACAGCGGCUUUCAGGAUAACUACAGCGUGGUGGUGGCCUCAGGCCUGAAGUCCCAGUCGAAGAGGGCCGUCUCCACGCCGCCCCGCCCCCCUUCCAGGCGGGGCCGGGUGAUGAGCGACAAGCUGACGGCCUCGUCGGGAGUGGACUCCUCCUCCAAAACCAUCAGCGUGCCCGUCUUUCACCUCUACCACAAGCUCCUCCCAGGUCAGCCCCUGCCCGCCGAGAUGACGCUGGCCCAGCUGCUGACCCUCCUGUACGACCGCAAGCUCCCGCAGGGCUACCGCUCCAUCGACCUGACGGUCAAGCUGGGCUCCAAGGUCAUCUCCGACCCCGGCCUCUCCAAAACGGACUCCUUCAAACGCCUGCGCACUGAGAAAGAGCACGGGGAGAUGCUGAACGUCUGCCCCGAGGACGAGCCGAUGACCCCGGGCGAGGAGUGCUUGGAGGCGGCCAUCGACGAGUCCCUGCUGGAGACCAGCCCCAUCCAGUCGCCCCUGCAGGUGUUCGCCGGGAUGGGCGGCCUGGCGCUGAUCGCCGAGAGGCUGCCCAUGCUGUACCCCGACGUCAUCCAGCAGGUAAGCGCCCCUGUGGUGCCCUCCACCACCCAGGAGAAGCCCAAGGACAGCGACCAGUUCGAGUGGGUGACCAUCGAGCAGUCGGGCGAGCUGGUGUACGAGGCGCCCGAGACCAUCGCCGCCGAGCCCCCGCCCAUCAAGUCGUCGGUGCAGACCAUGUCGCCCAUCCCCGCCCACUCGCUGGCGGCCUUCGGGCUCUUCCUGCGGCUGCCGGGCUACGCCGAGGUGCUGCUGAAGGAGAGGAAGCACGCACAGUGCCUGCUACGGCUGGUGCUGGGUGUCACCGACGACGGGGAGGGCAGCCACAUCCUGCAGUCGCCGUCGGCGAACGUGCUGCCCACGCUGCCCUUCCACGUGCUGCGGACGCUCUUCAGCACCACGCCCCUGACCACGGACGACGGGCUGCUGCUGCGCCGCAUGGCCCUGGAGAUCGGCGCCAUCCACCUGAUCCUGGCCUGCCUGUCCGCGCUCAGCCACCACGCGCCGCGCGUGCCCAACGCCAGCGCCAACCAGGCGGAGUCUCAGGUGUCGAGCGGACACGCCGGCGGCACCAGCGAGGAGCAGCAGCUGUACUGGGCCAAGGGCACGGGCUUCGGGACGGGCUCCACGGCCUCGGGCUGGGACGUGGAGCAGGCCCUCACCAAGCAGCGGCUGGAGGAGGAGCACGUCACCUGCCUGCUGCAGGUUCUGGCCAGCUACAUCAACCCGGCCGGGUGCACGGGCUCGGGCGAGAUGCCCACGGGAGAGAGCCGCGGGCACAACAGCAACGCCCUGCCCUCAGUCCUGCAGGAGCUGCUCAGCCAGUCCUGCCUCAUCCCCGCCAUGUCCUCCUACCUGCGCAACGACUCUGUGCUGGACAUGGCGCGGCAUGUUCCCCUGUACCGGGCCCUUCUGGAGCUCCUCCGGGCCAUCUCCACCAGCACGGCCCUGGUGCCCCUGCUGCUGCCCCUGUCCGGCGACCCCAGCGAGGAAGAGGAGGAGGAGGAGCGCUCCGAGUGCCAGACCUCCGUGGGCAUGCUGCUGGCCAAGAUGAAGACCUGCGUGGACACCUACACCAACCGCCUCAGGUCAAAGAAAGACAAGAGCAAAGGGGUGGUGAAGGCAGAAUCCUCGGACCCGGAGCCAGAGGGCCUUACACUGCUGGUACCGGACAUCCAGAAAACAGCUGAAAUUGUCUACGCUGCCACUACCAGCCUGAGGCAGGCCAACCAAGAGAGGAAGCUGGCCGAGUCUUCCAAGAAAGCUGCUGCCCGACCAAAGCCCCUUUCUGUCCUGCGCUCCCUGGAGGAGAAGUACGUCGCCGCCAUGAAGAAGCUGCAGUUCGACACGUUUGAGAUGGUCUCGGAAGACGAGGACGGCAAGCUGGUGUUCAAGGUGAACUACCACUACAUGUCUCAGGUGAAGAACGCCAGUGAUGCCAACAGUGCCGCCCGCGCCCGGCGCCUGGCGCAGGAAGCUGUCACGCUCUCCACCUCCCUGCCCCUCUCCUCCUCCUCCAGCGUCUUCGUCCGCUGUGACGAGGAGCGGCUGGACAUCAUGAAGGUCCUGAUCACAGGCCCUGCAGACACCCCGUACGCAAACGGCUGCUUCGAAUUCGACGUGUACUUCCCACAAGACUACCCCAACUCACCCCCCCUCGUCAACCUGGAGACCACGGGGGGCCACAGCGUGCGCUUUAACCCAAACCUUUACAAUGACGGCAAAGUGUGUUUAAGUAUACUCAAUACCUGGCACGGGAGACCAGAGGAGAAGUGGAACCCUCAGACCUCUAGCUUUUUACAGGUGCUGGUGUCGGUCCAGUCGCUCAUCCUGGUGGCGGAGCCCUACUUUAACGAGCCCGGGUACGAGCGGUCGCGAGGCACCCCCAGCGGCACUCAGAGCUCCCGCGAGUACGACGGCAACAUCCGGCAAGCCACCGUCAAGUGGGCCAUGCUGGAGCAGAUGCGAAACCCCUCCCCCUGCUUCAAGGAGGUGAUCCACAAGCACUUCUACCUGAAGCGGGCGGAGAUCAUGGCGCAGUGCGAGGAGUGGAUCGCAGACAUCCAGCAGUACAGCAGCGACAAGCGGGUGGGACGCACCAUGUCUCACCACGCCGCCGCGCUCAAGAGACACACAGCCCAGCUGCGGGAGGAGCUCCUCAAGCUGCCCUGCCCCGAGGGCCUGGAGCCCGACGGAGAAGAGUUCUCAGAGAAGAGCGCCGCCCUCAUGGCCAAGGAGCCAGCCAACCAGGACGCGGAGAAGCCGAGUGGCAGCCAGGAUGCCCACUGCAGCGAAGGCCAGCUAUGAGCUCCUCCCACCCCCCCUCCCCCCCGACGCUGGGGCCACUCCUCUUCAUAACUAUGACUAUUGACAUUAAACAGACUUGACGGCUUCGAAGCACAAGCCAACAUUUUGUCAAUAUUUGUAUGUAAGAAUCUAAUUAAGUAAUAGCUAAAAAGAGAAGGAAGAAGAAGAAAAAAAAACAAACCGAAAACAAAACUGCUUAAGAAAACCAACAAAAAAAUCCCUGAAACUAUGCUAUGCCCUUAAGGAAAGACAGUCGACAAAACAAAAUGAUCUUUUAUUUACCUGUAAAAGAGUGUAAACUUUUUUGUGCUUUUAUUUUUCAAUUGUGAAAUAACCACUGAUUGGUAUGUUAUUAAACUUGUUUAUGUAUACAUAAUGGCAGAGGAAAUCACGAAUAUAUAAGGGAACUACCUUUAGAAAAGAAUGUUUACUGAAUGUUAAUUUCCAUUUUUGGCUGUUAGUGCAAGGACAGUUGUAACCAAGAAUAUAUUGGUCAUUCUUUAAGGAUACUAUUUAAAAGAAAAGAUUAAAACACACAUACACUUUCUUCGAUUUAAGGAAUCUUCUGGUUGCCCAUUUACAUUGCUUAUUUGAUUUCUACAGACUCCUGUAAACUUCAAUAAAGGCUUGAAUGGACAUUCUUUAUUGCUAUGAUUACUUGUUACCUUUUUACAGGGCGAAAUACAUGUUCAGUGAAAUGCGUACACUGAUUUUUUUUUUCUUUGCCUCACUAAUUUUAAAUGCAAGUUUAAUAAAUGCAACCUGUUUUACUUUGCUCGGAUAUAUGAAUCUCAGGGUGCUUGGGUGGAUGGGAGGUGUGUGCGUGUGUGUGUACCAAUCAAGCCGAGUGAUGUGUGAAACCCUCUUGUGCCUUCACAGUCUCUCGAAAAAAAAAAAAACGCACCGCAUCCACGACACACGCUCAAAGGCGCAGAAAGUCUACCUUUCUAACAGCUCCCUCCGUUAUGAUUAUUUGAGAUUCCUGCACAUCAAUAAUUCAUUCGCCUCUGGCACACGCAUCUUUGUGAGAGCUUUUUCUUGAUUUGGAUUGUGGACGGGGAGGGAAAACCUGGAGAUGCAUGGGGUGUUCGGCCGGCAUUUAACUCAGCUUACAGAUGCAGAUCGAUUGUGAAAAUUUGUCUUUCUGCGUUUUUGAAAAGCACUUGGGCUUGACUCUGUAGAGGGGUUAAAAAAAGCGACAUGGUAUUAAUCUGAAAGAGUGAGGAGGAACGAUGACUUGAAAAGCAAAAAAAAAAAAAAAAAAAAAAAAACAGGUUUUUGCACAGCCAUUAAACUGUAGCUAGCUCUGUGUAGAUAAGUUGUAAUGGUAAUUACCUGUACUGUGGACUUUAAAAUACAUC